UUUUCAAUUAUUUGUCUGUCAAAACAAUAGAAAAUUGGGUUUAUGACUUGUUUUUUUAAUUUUCAGAUUUUUGGUUUAUUGAAAAAUUAAAAUGGUAUUAUUGGCUAAGGCAUUGGACUAAACCAUAUGACAAAUGGGGAGUCAGAGGUGGUUGGUUACCCCCUUUUAUUGGUCAGUUUUUUUUUCCAUUGUAGCCAACAACACACCCCACAUCUGCAUCUCACCCAGAUAAGAGGUUGCUUGUACAGCUCGUUAAGCUUGAAGCCAUGUGUUUAGUCCGAUACAAGUCCAUAAACCCAAUUUUCAACUGUUUUGACAGAAAAAUUAUUGAGAAUUUGAAUUUUCAACCCAUUUUUUAAAUGUUCUAUUCAUGGAUAUUAGUUAGAUAAAUAAACUGAUAAGCGUUACAUGGACCGUUAACCACUGAUUGCACAUCUAAGUAGUUAAAAUCUAGCAAGUGCAUACAUUUCUUUUCACACUUUAUAGCUGUGCACAACACUAUCCUGAGGAGAAAACAGACCUGCCGAGGGCUUCACCCCUCCAAUGUCAUUCUAUUUAUCCACUCUGUAUUAAUUGAUCUAUUUAAAGUUAUAAUAUUUGAACGCCAAAAUAUGGUAAUAUAUGGCUUAUUGCUUAGUUAUAAAAUGGUCACAGCGAUGAUAGUUUUCAUUGACCUAAUAAGGUACUGCGAUGGCUGUAAACAGGUAACUGAUACAACGCAUUUAGAAAACCAACAGCCCCUUAAGUUUUUCAUAUUUAGUCAUGCCAGUGUCUCAAUUUCCUGCAUUAAAUAAAUUGAUUUAUCUAGAACGCAUACUCCACACUUUUAAGGAUUCGUUUAUUUUGAAAAUGCAUACACAUACAUUGUAUAUUAGAAGACAAAACUGAAAUAUAAUUGUCUCUUGAGUUCAACCGUGUGAAAGCAGAUUUGGCAGUAAUAACAGUGUAAUAACCAUGGUGAGAUCCAAGUGCAGACUCAGGAGGCAGGUGUACAAACUAGGCAAGGUUUAUUGUCUUCAAUAGGUAAAGACAGGUCAUGUGAAAGCAGAUUUGGCAGUAAUAACAGUGUAAUAACCAUGGUAAGAUCCGAGUGCAGACUCAGGAGGCAGGUGUACAAACUAGGCAAGGUUUAUUGUCUUCAAUAGGUAAAGACAGGUCAUGUGAAAGUAGAUUUGGCAGUAAUAACAGUGUAAUAACCAUGGUAAGAUCCAAGUGCAGACUCAGGAGGCAGGUGUACAAACUAGGCAAGGUUUAUUGUCUUCAAUAGGUAAAGACAGGUCAUGUGAAAGCAGAUUUGGCAGUAAUAACAGUGUAAUAACCAUGGUGAGAUCCAAGUGCAGACUCAGGAGGCAGGUGUACAAACUAGGCAAGGUUUAUUGUCUUCAAUAGGUAAAGACAGGUCAUGUGAAAGCAGAUUUGGCAGUAAUAACAGUGUAAUAACCAUGGUGAGAUCCAAGUGCAGACUCAGGAGGCAGGUGUACAAACUAGGCAAGGUUUAUUGUCUUCAAUAGGUAAAGACAGGUCACGUGAAAGCAGAUUUGGCAGUAAUAACAGUGUAAUAACCAUGGUAAGAUCCGAGUGCAGACUCAGGAGGCAGGUGUACAAACUAGGCAAGGUUUAUUGUCUUCAAUAGGUAAAGACAGGUCAUGGGAAAUCAGGGUUUGGUACACAUGAAUAACAAUAGCAGUAAGCAGACAAGGAAUGGGCAGAGUUCAGGUAAAGGCAAGCAGAGGUAUGCACACCGGAAAGCAACAAAACUUACACGUAUGGGGUCAUAGAAAAUACAGCCUGGCAAGAACGACACAGGAAUCAUCAAGACAAACUGCCAACCAGAACAGACAUCCACCAGAUGAACUGACAACCAGAACAGACAUCCACCAGAUGAACUGACAACCAGAACAGACAUCCACCAGAUGAACUGAGAACCAGAACAGACAUCCACCAGAUGAAAUGACAACCAGAACAGACAUCCACAAGAUGAACUGACAACCAGAACAGACAUCCACCAGAUGAACUGACAACCAGUACAAUGAACGCAGAGUAGCAGGAUAAAUGUGUGUUUAAAGAACUGGGAUGGAGCCUGUGUCUUGACCACUGACCUGCUUCUUCCGUGGAAAGCAGAAUGACCCGACAAGACGUUUAUGGUUGGUUCUGAUGGCAGGGAGGUGUUUAUGGUCCCGAAAUAUCCUACAGAAUGGACGCCUCGCAGAAGUCUUCCUACAUAACAGAGCUCAGCGGAGAUGCCAGUGCUGGGUUAGCACUUCAGCUCCCCUCUCUGCCAGACUACCUUCAAAAACACACACACCGCUACCAGACUGAGUGGUCGACAUCCCUUCUCCAUGUACUUGAUGCAGGUGAAACGAAACUUACCCCAGAGUGUAAGGAGCAGCACGUUGCUUCAACUCUCACUGUCACAACAGAGAACAACAAUUCCAGAUCUGUUCACUACAGGCACAGUUAGGGGCCGGGCUGUUUACCUUUGUUUGAUUGGCGGCUGUAGCAGAGAUGGCCCGAGGAAGAGGAGUGGCUAAUGGGAUUCUGUUCCUGCUGACACUCUGUCUGCAAGCCAACACAGGUCAAUGUCAAGAUGCAGACAAUCUGAGGAUAGUUCUGGUGGGGAAGACUGGAUCAGGGAAGAGUGCAGCAGGAAACACCAUCCUGGGGAGGGAGGCGUUUAAAUCAGAGCCUUCUCCAGUGUCUGUGACAUCACAGAGUGAGAAACAGAGUGGAGAUGUGAACGGGAGGAAGAUUGAUGUCAUCGACACCCCAGGACUCUUUGACACAAAAAUGUCUCAGGAAAAGAUGAAGAGGGAGAUUAAGAACGCCAUCUAUAUGUCAGUCCCAGGACCUCAUGUGUUCCUCCUGGUGGUCAGACUGGGGAGGUUCACAGAGGAGGAGCAGAACGCUGUGAAGUGGAUCCAGGAGAACUUUGGAGAAGAAGCCUCAAUGUACACCAUUGUGCUGUUUACUUAUGCAGAUCAACUGAAUGGCAAAUCUGUUAAGGAAUUUCUGAAACAGAGCUCAGAUCUUCGUAAGCUUGUCUUCCGCUGUGGGGGCAGAUAUCACUCUCUUACCAACGAAGGCAGAAAAGACAAGACACAGGCAACUGAGCUGCUUGAGAAGAUAAAGGAGAUGGUGGAGGAGAAUGAUGGACAACAUUACACCACUGAUGUCUAUGAAGAGGCUCAUAGGAAGAUCAGAUAUGCAGAAAUGCAGAAUGAUCUGAGAAUAGUUCUACUGGGGAAGACUGGAUCAGGGAAGAGUGCAACAGGAAACACCAUCCUGGGGAGGAAAGACGCCUUUAAAUCAGAGUCUUCUCCAGUGUCUGUGACAUCACAGAGUGAGAAACAGAGUGGAGAUGUGAACGGAAUGAAGAUUGAUGUCAUCGACACCCCAGGACUCUUUGACACAAAAAUGUCUCAGGAAGAGAUGAAGAUGGAGAUCAAGAAUUCCAUCUAUAUGUCAGUCCCAGGACCUCAUGUGUUCCUCCUGGUAAUCAGACUGGGGGUGAGGUUCACAGAGGAGGAGCAGAACACUGUGAAGUGGAUCCAGGAGAACUUUGGAGAAGAAGCCUCAAUGUACACCAUCGUGCUGUUUACUCACGCAGAUCAACUGAACGGAAAAUCUGUUGAGGAAUUUCUUAAAAAAAGCCCAGACUUAGAAAGGCUUGUCAACAGCUGUAGGGGCAGAUACCACUCUCUUAUCAAUGAUGGGAGAAGAGACAAGACUCAAGUAACAGAGCUGCUGGAGAAGAUAAAGGAGAUGUUGAAGGGUAAUGGGGGACUACAUUACACCAGUGAUGUCUAUGAAGAAGCUCAGAGGGAGAUUAAAUGUGCAAUAUCUCACUGUAAAUGGAGAGCUCUUGGCAACAUAGCCGCAACUGCAGUAGGUCUGUAUUUUGCUUCACCAGUGUUGGUGACAGCAGGUGUAGUUGGAGGUGCCAAUACACUUGAAUGCACUAAGGAGUUUUUUGAAUGUUACAUUCCCAAAAUAUAUUAGCGUUGCCAGUUUAGCCAGGAACCCCAAGUGGUAAUUGGCCAGUGAUCCAUGUUAUUAAUAAUAUCACAGUGAUGUAAUUGUUGGUAGUAGCGUAUAAACGAUCAUGUGAUGGCACUGAGUCUCCCCAGAGGAGCAGAAUGUUAUGCCAAGACACUGCAUGUACAAUGCUGUGCAUGACUUCUCGAAUAAAAUAAUAAACUAA